AUGGGCAACGCACCACCCCCAGACGAACCCCUCCUCAAUGCCGACCCCAUCAACCUAAUGCGCGGCUGGCCCUCCAAAUCCCUCCUCCCAGCAAACCUCAUCUGCAACGCCGCAAAUCAAGCCCUCGCAGACCCAACCACAGCAGCAACCGGCCUCCUCUACGGCCCCGACCCAGGCUACCAACCCUGCCGCUCAGCCAUCGCAGCCUGGCUCACCUCCUUCUACCUCCCCAAGAACCCUAUCUCCAGCGAACGAAUAUGCAUUACAGGCGGCGCCAGCCAAAACCUAGGCUCCCUACUCAGUGUCUACACCGACCCGAGCUACACUCGCAAUAUCUGGAUCGUUGCGCCGGCGUAUAUGCUCGCCUUUCGCGUAUUCGAGGAUGCUGGAUUCGCGGGCAAAAUGAGAGCUGUGCCCGAAGAUGAAGAAGGGAUAGAUCUAUCGUACCUACAUGAAGAGCUCAAGAAGAGCAAAGAUAUGGACAAGGAGAAUGGGCAGGAGGUACCACGAUACAAGCUCAACAGACCCUGGGCCAAAAUAUACAAACACAUCAUCUACUGCGUCCCCACCUUUGCAAACCCCAGCUCGCGAACCAUGAGCCUAGCCCACAGAACCGAACUAGUCAAGAUGGCACGAGCACACGACGCCCUCAUAAUCUCAGACGACGUCUACGACUUCCUCCAAUGGCCAGCAGAUCUUCAAGAAGGCCAAUCCCUCAAAACGAUGAAAACCGCACAUCUCCCAAGAUUAGUCGACAUCGACCGCGAGCUAGACGGCAACGCAGGAGACGGCUUCGGUAAUACCUGCAGCAAUGGCAGCUUCAGCAAGAUCGUAGGGCCUGGCGUUCGCGUAGGAUGGGUGGAGGGAACGGAGAAGUUCGCUUAUGGCGUUAGUCAGUGCGGUACGACGGCCUCAGGCGGCGCACCUUCGCAACUAACAUCCACCUACAUCACUCUUCUCUUAACCUCAGGCGCAUUGACGAAUCAUAUCCAAUUCAUCCUCCGUCCAGCCUACGCCCUACGAUACCGGAUUUUACUAGAAGCCAUAACCACACACCUCGUGCCCCUAGGCUUCAGCCUCCCGCAACCCAAUCGCAAAGUGGUAGGAGGAUACUUCGUCUGGCUGUCCCUGCCUCCUAAAAUGAGUGCAGCAGAGCUCACGCAGAGGUGUAGGGAGGAGGAGAACGUGAUAGUGGCACCAGGCACGAUUUUCGAAGUUCCUGGUGAUCGUGAGGGGAGGUUAGGAUUCGAUGGGCAUGUGAGAUUAUGUUUUGCUUGGGAGGAGGAAAUAAAUUUGGCGCGGGGUGUGCGAGGGAUGGCGAGGGUGGCUGGGGCUAUGUUGGAGGAACUGAGUAGGGGAGGAGGCAGUGCACCUGGAUUCGGUGAUGGGCGUGAGAUGGUAAUGAACGAAUUCAAGUAA